AUGGUACGGCGGUAUAAGGUAACGGGACAAAAGAGAAAGAAAAGAGAAAAGUAUGAUAGAGAAGAAGAAUUUGAACAGCUAGAUUACAAUAAUAUACCACAAUCACCAAAGAAAGCGAAAACAGAGGGCUCGGAUUUAAAUGAGGAGAAAGCAAAGCAAGUUAUUGAUGAAAUGUCUGGAAUCCCGAUUGUUCCGACAUAUACAGACAAAAAGCCUGGGGUUAUUUUUAUUCUCGAGAGGGCCUCUCUUGAAAUUGGUAAAGUUGGAAAGGUUUGUAUGAUUGCUUGGGGUAGAAUAUGGAAGUUUGUUGUGCUUUAUUGA